AUGGAGAAUGAGGUUGGCAAAUCUGUGGACAAUCAAAUGGACAAAUACAUAGUUACAAUAAUGGGGAAAUCAGAAAGUCAAAUGGAUAUUGUGGAAAAAUCGACAAAAUCUGGAAGGAAAUCCUGGAGCUUUACGGCAAUCGGUCUGGCAGCCCUGCUGCUCCUCAUGACUUGUGUGGUGGUCGCCCUGGUGAUCCUGUAUGCCAGCAGCAGAGGCAUCACCAAUUCUGGCAACAUAUGUACCACACCUGGAUGCGUAACAGCAGCUGCUAGAAUAAUUCAGAAUAUGGACCCAACAGCUGACCCUUGCAAGGAUUUCUACCAGUAUGCCUGUGGGGGCUGGCUGAAUCGGCACGUUAUCCCAGACACUAGCUCCAGAUACAGCAUUUUUGACAUUCUGAGAGACGAGCUGGAGAUCAUCCUAAAAGGUGUGCUGGAGACUUCAGAUGAAGGGGACAGAGAAGCAUUUCGGAAAGCUAAAAUACUUUACAAGUCAUGCAUGAAUGAGAGUCUUAUAGAGCAACGAGAUUCAUUGCCUCUGCUAGAGGCCUUAACGAUGGUUGGAGAUUGGCCAGUGGCUUCUGCAGACUGGAAUAAGACCAAAGAGCCAAACUGGAGCAUAGAAGAAAAACUCUCCAUAAUGAACUCCAGAUUUAACAAACGAGUCCUCAUUGACAUGUUUGUAUGGAAUGAUGACCGGGAUUCCAGCAGACACAUCAUUUAUAUUGACCAGCCAACUUUAGGAAUGCCAUCCAGGGAUUACUACUUCAAUGGGGGCAACUAUCAAAGAGUGAGAGAAGCUUACCUGCAGUUCAUGAUCACCAUUGCCAAAAUGAUCCGGGAAGACAAGAAUAUGUCUAAAGAUGAUUCUUUUGUCCAAGAGGAAAUGGCAAAGGUUAUGGAGCUUGAAACAGAGAUUGCAAAUGCAACGACCCCAGCAGAAGAAAGGCAUGAUGUAACCUUGUUGUACAACAAAAUGACCUUAAAAGAGCUACAGGAAAAGUUUGCAUUGAACGAAUUUAACUGGACCUUCUUCAUCCAAGGCAUCAUGUCUUCAGUAAGUGUUCAGGUUGACCCAGAAGAAGAGGUUGUUGUAUAUGGCAUGCCCUAUCUGCAAGAACUGAAAGCAAUUAUGUCCAAGUACUCAGCAAGCACUAUCCAGAACUACCUGAUUUGGCGACUGGUGAUUGAUCGAGUCAGCAGCUUGAGUCGGCGUUUCAAGGAUGCUCGGGCCAGCUACAGGAAGGCACUUUAUGGGACAACACUGGAAGAAGCCCGCUGGAGGGAGUGUGUGAGCUACGUCAACAACAACAUGGAGAACGCAGUGGGAGCAAUGUAUGUCAGGGAGACAUUUGCUGGUGAGAGCAAGAGGAUGGUCCAAGAUUUAAUAGAUAAGAUCCGUGAAGUGUUCAUCGAGACUUUAGAUGAGUUACAGUGGAUGGAUGAGGCAUCUAAAGAGAAAGCUCGUGAGAAGGCAAUGGCAAUUAAAGAACAAAUUGGCUAUCCAGAUUAUAUUUUGGAAGAUCCGAAUGAAAAACUAGAUCAGGAAUAUGCCAAUUUGAACUUCAGUGAACACAAUUACUUUGAAAACAUUCUGGAAAACCUGAGAGCUGGAGCCCAAAAGAGCUUGAAAAAACUUCGAGAGAGAGUUGACCAAGACAUAUGGAUAAUUGGAGCUGCAGUGGUCAACGCAUUCUAUUCCCCCAAUCGGAACCAGAUAGUUUUUCCUGCUGGGAUUCUGCAGCCCCCCUUCUUCAGCAAACACCAACCACAAGCCCUGAACUUUGGAGGGAUCGGGAUGGUUAUUGGGCACGAAAUUACCCAUGGGUUUGAUGACAAUGGUAGGAAUUUUGAUAAAGAUGGAAAUAUGUUUGACUGGUGGAGCAAUUUCUCAGCGAUGCAUUUCAAGGAGCAGUCUCGUUGCAUGGUUUUUCAGUAUGGGAACUACACAUGGGAGCUGGCUGGAGGACAAAACGUCAGUGGAAUAAGCACGUUAGGAGAAAACAUUGCAGAUAAUGGAGGAGUCCGACAGGCUUAUAAGGCCUACUUAAAAUGGCUGGAACGGGAAGGGAAGGAGCCAAGGUUGCCUGGACUGAAUCUGUCCCACCACCAGCUUUUCUUCCUCAACUUUGCCCAGGUUUGGUGUGGUUCCUACAGACCAGAAUACGCUAGCCAGUCAAUCAAGACAGAUGUUCACAGCCCUCUGAAGUACAGGGUGAUGGGAUCUUUGCAGAACUUUGAAGCGUUCUCAGAGGUGUUCCGCUGUAAAAAAGGCACAGCCAUGCAUCCUGCAGAGAAGUGCAGAGUGUGGUAA